AUGGAAUUUUGCAUGUUUAACUCCUUUAAUUCCAAGAUAGAACCUAAAACUGUGAAGAUUGCUCUUGAUCAUUCAGAUUGGGUGCAAGCUAUGCAGGAAGAACUCAACGAAUUUGAACAUAAAAAAGUAUGGAGAUUGAUUCCAACUCCAAAGGAUGCAUCAGUGGUUGGAUUAAAAUGGGUAUUUCGUAAUAUGCUUGACAAAGAAGGCAACGUGAUUCAAAACAAGGAGAAAGUCUAUUUGGAACAACCACUAGGUUUCGUAAAUGAAAAAUAUCCAAGUCAUUGCUAUAUUUUGGAUAAGGUUGUGUAUGGUUUAAAACAAGCACCUCGUGUGAGACAGAGUUCAGAGGGUAUUUUCAUCAACCAAGAAGCCUACACUAAGACUUUGCUUGCGGAUUUUGGCAUGGUGGGUAAUUCAAAGGUCAAAGUUCCAAUGAUGUUCAGAACGAUGCUCACUCCAUCCUUGGAUAAGCCAGCAGCUGAUAUCGCUCUAUAUCGACAAAUGAUUGGUUCUUUAAUGUACUUAACAUCUAGUCGUCCAAAUAUUAUGUUUGAUGUUUGCUAUUUUGCUAGGUUUCAGGCAAAUCCACGUGAACCUCAUAUGACUGCUGUGAAGAAUAUUCUCCGAUACCUCAAAAUAACGACAUCCCUUGGAAUUUGGUAUCCUUCUAACUUUGGAUUCUUUGUGCAAGCAUAUUCUGAUGCUGAUCUUGGUGGAUGCGGUCUUGAUCGUAAAAGUACAACAGGAGGAUGUCAGUUUCUGGAUGGAAAACUAGUUAGUUGGCAAUCUAAGAAGCAAACAUGUGUCUCCUUAUCCACUACUAAAGUUGAGUAUAUCACAGUUGCAUCAUGUACUUCUCAAGUCGUAUGGAUUCAAAGUCAGCUUAAAGAUUACGGGAUAAAUAUGAAGACUGUUGGGUCAAAAAAUAUGCUUUAUACUUUGCUUUUCUAG